AAAAAAUAUAUAUUAAUUCUCAUUUUCCAAUAAAAUCAGUUUUUUCUGUGAAAUUUAUCAAAUAUGGAACUCGACAAAGAUCAACUCAAGUUACUGAAAAAUGCCUUUGAUGCCUUUGAUACGGAAAAGAAUGGUUACAUUCAGACUGAUAUGAUUGGGAUGAUUUUGGAAAUGCUUGGUCAGACACUGGAUGAUAAGUCUCUGGCAGCAGUAAUUCGGGAGCAUGAUCAGCGACAAACUGGCAAGUUAGAUUUUGAAAAGUUUGCGCAAUUAGCAUCGAAAUAUGUGGAGGUCGAGGAGGACAUGGAAAUUGUACAGAGGGAACUCAAAGAGGCUUUUCGACUCUAUGACAAAGAGGGCAAAGGUUAUUUAACACUUGAAGUCUUGAGGGAUAUUUUGAGGGAAUUGGAUGAUAAAAUUACUGAGGACGACCUCGACAUGAUGAUUGACGAAAUCGACGCCGAUGGGUCAGGAACUGUUGAUUUCGAUGAAUUCAUGGAAGUCAUGACAGGUUAAUCAUUUUCAGUGAAAAUACCAUCAGUUUUGUGAAACAUAUAUACAACUUUGUGUUACAUUUCUCUCUGUACUGUGCAAAGAAAUGCAAGAGAAACUGGUAAAAAAAAUCAAUAGAGAAGAUUAUAAAUUUUUUUUCUAGAGAUUUUGCAGUAGUGUAAAAUUAUUGUAGCUAUUGUAAAAUACCUUCUCUAUACCUUUACCCAUGUAAUUUGAAUGAUAAAAAAUUGUAUCAAAUUGUUGUUUUAUAAUAAUUUUAUAAUAAAACCUCUAUCGGUCCAAAUAAA